CUGCGUCCCGGUGGAACGCCGCUCCCUAUUUUUCCUGCGGGCAGCCCCGUUUAGAAGAAGCUGGGUCUGGCGCGGUGGGUUCCGGGCAUCAUGCAGGAGCGGCGGCAGACCUCCCGGGCUUCUGGCGCCAUACCUCGUCCCUCUGCUUAUCCGCAGUCCUCGCAGGGCCGGAACCGGGCACGGGAGCGAUAGGGGCAGGAUGCGGCUAGCCGCAGGAGCUCCCGCGCAGACCCUUUCGAGGCAGGUGUGCCGCCGAAGCGUCGCUUCUACGCUGUGCGCCUUCUGGGCUGGGAAGUUUGCUUUGUUUGCGACGCUUAUUAAACGCACGCCGGCCUCCGCGGGCGGGCGGCGUCUGCGUCUUUUCGCCGACUCGAUGGGGCAGGUCCUGUGACGUGGGUCGCUCCUGGGCGCAGCUGUCCGGCUCCUUCCCCGAGAGGCGACUCUCGCCGCCUCUGCCGCGCGGACGGGAGGCCAAUGUCCUUCCUCAGCCUCUCGACACCUUUGCGUCUCUCCUCUGCCCGCUGUUUACAACUGUUGCCGGGAGGAGAACGGAUUUUCUAGGCUUGCCGGGGAGCAAACGGCCGGAGUACCUGCAGGCGGGGAGGCAACCUGCCAUGUGAAGCGUGCCUAGAGAGAGGGGCGGGAGGACCGGCCGGCGCUAGGGAUGGUCAGUCAUGGCUUGGCUGGGCGAGGUCCAGUGGCUCUCCUUGCUUUCCCUGUUCGUGGCUGCCUUGGCCGUCGUAGCCGCCUACCUGGUGCAGUAUGGCCUGAGCGCCUUGCGGCGAAGCGGCGAGAAGCCGCCUCCCUCGCCCCCUUCGGAACUUGUACCAGAGGACGAGGACUCGCUCUUCGCCUGGCUGCUGUCUCUGAGCAGCUGGAGGCGCGAGUGGCAGAAAGCCUGGAUAACUGCGCUGAACUGGGAAGCCAAGCUAAAGGAGGAUUCACGCUUGUUUACAUUUGAAGAAGAUGAAGCUUCUCAGACUCUUGAACUUGUGGUACAACGAGUUGUAAAUGUGGUAAAGUCUGCUGAAGAAAAGGUGGUAUCUUGUAACAUAGCUGGAAAUGCCUUUCAAUUUAUAGUGAAUGUGACCCAUCCUUCACUUACCCCUGCAGAAUGUGAGUCUUACAGUGUAAAACUGUCACCAUUUCAUUUGCAGCUGGAACUUUCAAUGAAAGCCAAAGAAGAAGACAUCCAGGUCAAGUGGUCUUUCAUACACACGUCAGAAACAAACACAGAAAUCAAGCCGAUAAUAGUGCAACAGGUCCAAAAAGAUGGUAACAGUACAGCAUCAGAGAAACUUAAGGGUGUGUUGCAGAAUCUCAUUAAUUCAGCAUCUCCUUCUGUGAUUUUGAGUACAAAAACUACCGAUGUAGAAGCAAUACAGAAAGUACAAAAUACAGGAACUCUCCCUCAGGGCACCAGUCCCCCCAAACCUCCAAGGGCUCAUGAACUAAAGCUGCUCAUGAAAAACGUCAAAGCUUCACUGACCAGUCAAAGCACUGCUGACAAUAUUAAUCCAGUGUGUGUCAUACAGCUCAAUGAUCCUUUGCAAAAGUUUUGCAGUUCUGUAGCCAAUAAUCCCACAGACCUAUCUUGGAACGAAGAGUUCAUUUUUGAAUUGAAUGCCAAAUCCAAAGAUCUUCAAUUAAAGAUCUUCGAGAAUGGGGAAAUUGAUAGUGAUUUUUCUGCUUUGGCCACUGUACCUUUAGAUCUGUUCAGGAAACAGCCUUCUGGACAAAGAAGCUUUGCACUGAAUAGCAAUCUUAGCAGACACAGUCCUACUGUAGGAUUUGUCUCUGCAGAGUUCUCAUACAUAGAACCUUCUGAAUCCAGACACUUGAAAUUUCCAACCACGUUUCCUAUUGCAAAAGUAGAGAAGGAUCGAACUGUGAUGCCUUGUGGGACUGUGGUCACUACUGUCACUGCUGUGAAAACAAAACCUUUAAUAGAAGGAAGAUCAUCUGCUCUGCAUUCAGAUUCACCAGUGAAAAGCCCUGCUAAAAUGAAAGUGAUUGAAAAGGAUUUGUCUAUUCAAGCAAUCCACUGUCGGAAAACUUCAGUAAGCAAGGCUUUAUCUUUAUCAGAUACAGAGUUACUGGUGUUAAAUGGCACAGAUCCUGUUGCUGAAGUAGCCAUUCGUCAGCUGAGUGAAUCAGCAAAGCAGAAGCUCAAGUCUCCCAGGAAGAAAAGCACGAUCAUUAUAUCAGGGGUAUCAGAAACUAAUUUAUCUCAGGAUUGCGAAGCUGCCCUUAUGAUGGACUAUGCAGCAGCCAUGGAUGGCUCAUAUAUACCGAAUGACACUACUGCUAUGGAGGAGUCUGUAGCAUGGUCCUCUCCUGAUGAAGAACUAUCACUGUCUGCAUCUCAAACAUUACCUUCCCAUGAAGACACCCAGGAAAAUAGCCAUGAUGCCUGGACCUUGGAUGACAGCAGCCAGCAGUGGCAUAGCAAUGCACUACUAGACCAUGACUGUGAUAAGGUGUCUGAGAGCUCCAUAAGCAUCUCAGAAUCUGGAACUGUGAAGAAAUCCAAAGGUGGAAUUUUGAAAAAGGGUGCAAGAUUGUUUUUCCUUCGACGGCACCAUCAGAAAGACCCAGGCAUGAGCCAAUCGCAUAAUGACCUCAUCUACCUUCAACAGCCAGUAUCUGAUGGUGCCCCCAAAAAGGGAGGGACCCUAACACGCCUUCUCAACAGGAAAAUUCUCUCCAAGAGCAAGAGCAAAAACAAACUGAAUGGCACAUCAGUUGAACCAUAUGCAUAAAUUUUAGUAUAUGCCAAUAUCAGCUGUUUACAGAAAUAUAAACAAACUGUCAUGAGCUUAAUGAGAUUGCUGUGGUCUGUGGAAGAGGCUGGAAAACAAAGCAGGGAAAUGAAACUUGUGGAAGAAUGCUUACAACGAUUUUAAGUUGCAGAGCCUGCAGGCCAAAUUCUAACCCACACUUGCUUGGAAGAAAGCUCAUUUGAAAUAAACAGAUUUUAGUUCAAAACACAUAUAGAAAUUAAGUUUUAAAAGUUUUUUUUUCAGUUACAGAACAUACUCAGAGUGUAAGAACAGCAAAGAAAGUAUAAUAGAUGAUUGCAUGAGUUAUUGAUGUAUCAUGGUCACUUUUUAAAAAAGAAUAUAAUGGGUGGCAAUAUAAAUUUUAAACAGGGUAUUUAAAAAUAUAAAUAAAGAAAUCCUGAUCCAAAUUAUACGAACUUGAAAAUGCAGUAUAUUUCCGGAAGGAGAAAUUAAAGGCUGAAUCGAGCAGUCUGCUGUAGUAAUGGCUAAUCCUCUGUAAAUAGACUUGCCUGUGAUAUAUAUAGUAGCCAUAUGAACUGGCAACUUGUACAACUACUUAUACUGAACUCGAUUUAAUAUUUUGUGCAUAUACCAUGAUAAACCUUUUAAAAGAUUGCUUUAAGUCAGUGUGCUCUCAAAAUAUUUGAAAAUUCUUCAUGUACUUUUAUGAAAUGGAAAAACUGUAUUGAAAACUGCAGCCAAGUUGUCUUGAAGAGCCUGCAAGUUGUUAGACAAAUGUACUCUGUCACAUUUUAUCCCUGAUUUUGCUAAAAUGGUGCAUGGUUAGUCUUUCCCAGACUCUUCCUUCGCAAUUAGGUUUUAGAGCUUAAAUACUCUAUAAUAUGUCAAGGGGUGUGUGUGAGAGAGACAGAGAUUGCAACUUAAAUAUCAGCCAGGGAGAAAUUAUUCUUUCCAUCUUUAUGUCUGGAAAGUCACAAAUAUAAUAUUUUUAAAAGGUACACAUUCUUACUAUAGACACAUUCCUUAUUGAAAUGCUGAUCUUUAAAUAACUUUCUUGGAACCACUCUAGCUUCAUUGUGCAUUUAGUUUGGAAUACUGUAUUUACUCAAAAGAAAGAUGACCCUAAAUGUAACCCCAUUAAAAAUGUUUACACACACAAAAUUAUUACCAGACACAAUUGUAACCUGUAUGUGAAUAUAAAAUGGCCUUCUCUUUUUUAAUGAAAAACUUGUCUUGCAUUUGAGUAAAUACUGUAUAUGUUUUGAUUGUGGCCUACAAAAUCAAAGCCUAUUACUUUUAUCAGGAAAAACCCAGCACCGAUAUACCAAUAAAGAAUUCAAUGGUAUAAGUGACUGGCUGAUGAAGGGAGCUUUGACUCUCAAAAACUGAUACCUUAGUUGGUCUUUAAGGUGCAACAGAACUUGAAUCAUGCUCUUCUGCUGACUAACAUGGCUACCCACCUGAAACAAUGCUCUUGAUAAAAGUUCAGUGAUUUAUAUAAGCUAUGAUAGUGGUAUUUUAAAUGCAGGUUUUUAAAGCUGAGUAUACAAAAUGAAGUAAUAGGAUCCAGAAAGAUCCAAUUUCUCUUAUGAAAGCUACUUAUAGACUGACUGCUAUAGGAUGAUAAAAUAUUUCACAUGAAGUAGAAGCACCAUGAUUGGGAUCCUAGGCACACUUUCUGAGAUGUAAUGCUUAUUGUAAUCAGUGGGACUUACUCCUAUAUCUUAGGCUCAGGUUAGAAAUACCUUCAGUUUUAAUUUUAUUUCUAUAGCUUGGUAACAGUUUCAGUAGGUUGAACUGUAAAACUGUAUUAAGAAUAAUUUGCUGCUGUACCUCUUAUAAAUACUUGAAGACAUUGAAAAACUGCUGUUUGAGAGUUAAACUAUGACACUGGAUUUUAAGAAAAAUACUAAGGGCAUAAUGUGUCAUUAGCAAAUAGCUUUAAAAAAACACGUGGAAUUAUGUAGCACCGUUAUAUUGAGAUAGAAUAACUUUAAUAUUGUGACUAGAACAUUUUUUUUUCAAAACAGGAACUACCUUCCAAAAGGCUAAUUUAUUUGCAAUAGUUAAAAACAGCAAUGAGACAAUGUGGGGAGGGUGAUGAAAUUUCUCUGUUCAAGUCCCUUUUAAACAAACAGAUAGUAUGGAAGAGUGGUGCUCCAUUCAGUGGAGUCUGAGAAGUGCAGGAUAUUUUGUAAAACCUCAAAUCUAAGCUAUUGACACAAAUUAGACAAAAAUAGAGGAUAUUUAUGCACGCACUGAUGUUUUUCACAAUCAAAUUUAAUGAAAGGUGAAAAUAUUGUCCUGUGGUGCAUGCUGCUUCUUUCCAUAAAGACUUGGAUAUACUUUUCAGUGCAAAAACACUUGUGCAGUCAUCGCUUUAGAUGCUCAGCAACAAAAUAUUUGUCAUUGAAAGUAGCACAUUUGUUGCUCAGGUGUCGCAGAGAUAAUUUUUCAAGUAAUUCUAUUUUGUUAUUCAAAAGGAAUAUCCUUUUCCAUGAUCACUUCCACUGCAUAUUUCUACAGUAAAUGAUUGAAGACUGUAUUUGUACGUACGCUAAACAUGUAUUUCACCAUUUUCAAAUGAAGUGAAUCAUUAAAAAUCAACUUACAUGUA